UUAAAAAGGACAUAAUAAUUAACAGACAUAUUCAUGAAUAUGAUGUUGAAUUUACAUAGUAAUUACAUUACUAAAAUCUAUGCCUCAUACAGCCCUUAAAUAAAAUAAGCCAUUAAUAAAUCAUAUUAUUCAGGUAACAUUGUUGGAAAUGUUUUCUAAUCCUUUGACUGUCUGUAUUAAUUGAACUAUUUAUAUUAGUUUACCAGCAAUUUGCCAACUAGAUGACUUGGAUUACUGCACUAAAAGGUGUGACUCUGCCAGAUUAUUUUGUACAACUGAUGCAGCCUCAAUUCAACAGUUCUGUAAUAAAUCCUCCUCCAUGAAGAUUAUAAGACUGCUUUAUACUGCUAUUGUUGAAACUGCUUUAGAGAGUUGUUGAUUCAACAUUAUAAUCAUUGUGGAACUGUGUUGUGUUAUACAGACGUGUUUAAUAAACCCUUUAACUUUAUCAUUCUAUAGUGGGAGCUAAGAUACACUAUACAGACUGUACGGUAGUCUGUAACCAAGGCAACAGUGCAUCUCGCGCUUCCCGCCGUUAGAGUUAAAUUCGCUCGUGAGGUAACCGUUACUUGACAUUUUACAGACAACUUCACUCAACAAAUCUACUUUAAACUAUAAAAUAGAAUAAAAAAUUAAAUAUGUUCGCCUAUGUGAAAUAUAUAGAGGACGGGUGUAAAGAAAUCGUCCCCAUAUCCUACAUUAAGGACUUUGACCUUAACGUUAGUGACCUCACUAAAACUUACUGGGUGCGCUGGCAAGAGAAGUUUUUCAAGGGACAAAUAUUGUUCCUAAAGGAGUCCAGAGAAGAGAUCGAGGAGGAACUGGCCAAGGGUAAGCGGGUCCGUGUGAGACUUCUGAAGGAGACCACGCCUCCACGGUCGCGCUCUGAGGCGGAGGACGCCAAAGCAACACAUACAAAUCAGAAAAAAGCUGCAGAAGAGGCCAAACAAAAUAAUCUCUUAACCUUGCUAAAAGAGAGAAAAAUUAGAAGAAAACAGUCUCCACUCUGCCCAACUCCAAGCAAGAUAAUGAGAGCUCAUACCCUGUCUGACUCAUUGUCAGAAGAGGAUGAUGAUGAUGAUGGUGGUGGGGUUGUACCAGAAAAACUUUUUGAGGAGGCUAAAAAGAAGCAACAGCUCUACAUAAAAAAAAUAAACAAUAUGUCUCUGCAACUGCAGGAAACUAAAAACAAGUUAGAGGAGCAGGAGAAACUCAGAACAGAAAUUGAGGCAGAGAAUAAAGAACUACGUUCUCUAAACAUGCAAUUGCAGCAACAAUUGCUGAAGGCACUGAAAUCCUCAUCAACAGCAAAGUGCAGUGACCCUGGAGCCCCAAGCCCAAAGGAGACCUUACAAAUUGCAGAGUCUGGCUGUUUGAAUGAGGUGGAACCCUCUGUAUCUUCAGAAGGAGAUGAGAUUCAUUUGGGGGGAGAUGUUCGAGUGCGCAGAGAGGCCUGGUCAAGGAUUCAAAACAGCACGCGGGAUUCCUUAUUUGUGAAGGAGUUGGCAGUGGCAAUCUGGGGCACUAAGACUCUGGCGGAAAGGAGUCUCACAGGGAAGGAAUGCCCCACAACCAAAACCAGCAGGCAGCCUUUAACCCCCCAGAAACUUCAGACAUUAAAAGUCUGCUUCAAGGAGUGGCUUGACAAAAGAAUGUGGAGGAGACAGAGUCGCAGGCCAGAUGGAUAA